AUGGCGAAUCUCUGUGACGAUGAAUUCAGGCUGGGCACCAGAUAUCUCCGAAGUGGAGGACUUGAUCUCAGUUUUUGUGCUUUGUGUCCAGCUCUAAUUAUCGGCGACCCAACAUUGGCGAGGCCUCCCGACGGAAGGCGUUAUAUAGAUGCCAUAACACCUUCAUGGAGACGAAAAAUUCUGAAUGAGAUGAGAGAAGAAUUCCUCACUAAAUCAGGCCACAAAUUCUUCUCCGACGUUGCCCACUCUCUCCUCGAACAAUACGACUUGGCCAAAACCUUCAACAUCACACUGGCACUGGUAAACUAUGUCUUCCCCAUCAACGACCGCGACACCACGUCUGCCAUCCUCUUCAUGUAG